AUGCCUGCUGCUGCUCCGCGACAUCCCGGCCUCACACAGACUUAUGGCGAGCGAUCGGAACAACCGAAUCUUCCACCUCUGGCGACUUAUCUACUGCGAUUGAUACACCUGAAAAGGACGAACUUGUGCGUUUCUGCCGAUGUCAAUACUACGACCGAUCUAUUACGACUCGCGGAGGAAGUGGGCGAGCAUAUCUGCGUGCUGAAAACUCAUGCGGACAUAAUCGAUGAUUUCGGAGAUAAGACGAUAAGAGGACUGAACGAGGUCGCGAGAAGGAAAAAGUUCUUGAUCUUUGAGGAUAGGAAGUUUGGGGAUAUUGGAAGUACCCUCCAACAACAAUACACCCGUGGACCUCUGGCGAUAGUGAAAUGGGCACCCAUAGUCAACGCGGCACUCUUUCCCGGCCCGGCCAUCAUCACCGCCUUAGCUGAAGCAGCACAAAGAGCAAUCUCCGCGCACAACACUUCCGUCUCAACAGAUAUAUCGGCUUCCCCCGUAGCAUCUCUGGUAGACAGCGGACGGGACGACGAAUCAGUCGAAGAGGAAUCCCAAGACGACGACGACGACGACGACGAUGACGACGAUGAUAAUGACGAUGAAGACGACAACAACGAGAAGGAGGAAGAAGGGCCAGGAAGAAUGACGCACGAAGACCGCAAAGGCCGCAAACAAUCCGUCGUCUCCGUCAGCACAACCAUCAGCACCAAAACCGAAGCCAUCUCCCCCCAACCCCACGCCCUCCGCCCCUCCCUCUCCCGCGAAGCCACAGAAGAAAGCUCCGAAGAAGAAGACGAAGACGACCUAGCAGCCCAACUAGCGGAACUAGGCCCACCCCCUUACUUCCGCUCCCUCCUCCUGCUGGCCCAAAUGUCCUCGGUAGGCAACCUAAUGGGUCCCGAAUACACCGCCGCCUGCGUCCACCACGCGCGACAAAACAAGGAUUUCGUGAUGGGUUUCAUCGCGCAGCAGAGUCUGAAUCAACAAGUCGGAGACAAUUUCAUCACGAUGACGCCCGGGGUGCAAUUAGCAGCUGGUGAUGGUGAUGGGUUGGGCCAGCAGUACAACACUCCUGCGAAAGUUGUCGGGGAGAAUGGGGCGGAUGUGAUUAUUGUGGGGCGAGGGGUGUUGAAGGCGGAGGAUAGGCGGAAGGCGGCGGCGUUGUAUCGGCGGCAGGGGUGGGAGGCUUAUUUGCAGCGGUUGAGGAGUGGACGACAGGGAGGACGAUGA